UACGAAAUCCGGCGAAACUAUUCUAUAUUAUGCCCAAGAAUGGAUGAAAACACAAGACGAAUAUGGACGAUCAUAUGGUGAUAUUGCAUCUAAGCUGCUUAAUGAAAUUUUGGGGGGUGAACAAGUAUUUCCUGCAUCGUGUGGUUACCACAGGAAGUGCUACCAGCUUUUCACAAAUAAGAAAAAUCUAAAAUCCUCAAAGAAGAGAAGUAGUCAGUUUGUCGAUGAAAGUAAUGAAAGUAUUCCCAGAAAGAAGACAAGACUAAGUCAAGAUACCACAAGCCAGAUUGUUAAAGGAACAGUGCCAUUAUUUGGAAAAAAAUGCAUUAUCUGCCAAAAGGAAAAAUACAAAAAAGAUAGUAGAACAGGGGCUUAUAAGCCAGAACCAUUGACCAAGUGCAUGUCCCCAAGUGCAGAAAAUGCUGUCAAAGUUGCUGCUCAGAAGAAACAGGAUGAGAAUGUGCUGCUUAUUGUUGAAGGGGAAGAUUUAAUAGCAAAGGAAGCCCAGUAUCACCAUUCCUGCUUUCGAACGUUCACAUAUAUUCCAGUAGAAUCCAAAAUAUCAACUGGAGAUGCUUAUUUGAAAUUCUGUAGUGAAAUCAUUCAAGAACGUAUUAUUGGUGGUGGUGAAAUAAUAAAGAUCUCGAAAUUGGCAGAAAUUUACAGCAGAUAUUUGCAGCCAGACACAGAUGCAUCUUAUUUGUCAAAUUGGAACUUGAAGCGGAAGUUGAAGAAAUCAUUCCCAUCUUUGGUUUAUAUCAAAGUCAAAGAAAUUGCAAACUGUGAGCUGGUUUGCAGUUGUGAACAAAAUACUAUGUUUGUUGCCCCUGAAUCGACAGAGGAAUCUAGUGACGAAGAUGAAGUACGUGCUAUGGGAAAUUUAGAACCCAACGACCAGCGACAAUUAUUCCUCUCGUCCCAAAUUGUGAAGAAAGCUAUUGAGAUGUCUCCACGAUUAAAUGUUCCAAACCCCCCGUUAGCUUCCGAUCUCACAGAAGAUGCUGCACAAAAAAUUGUGCCAAUUGAACUGUUCAAUUUCUUGGCUUGGAUAACUGGUGUAUGCUGUGAACCAGUUUCUGCUAGUGAAAAAAAAUUGGUAGAGCUUGACAACGACACCGAACGUCAAAAGAUUUUGUCCAUCUGUCAGGACAUUAUCUACCUUAAGUCCAAAGGAAGAAGAAUCGUACCGAAGCAUCUUAUUCUUGGCCUUACAAUUCGACAUCUUACGGGCAGUUCAAAGUUAAUUGACAUUGUAUCAGGACUGGGGCAUUGUAUAUCCCCAAAGGCAGUCAUUGAUUACGACUCAGAUCUUGCCAGAUACCGUGCACAGCAAAGCAGUGUUAUACCACGUGGUUUUAGUGGGUCAUUUACGACAUGUGUAUUUGACAACAAUGACAUAAACGAAGAAACACUGAGUGGAAAAGGAACAACACAUUGCACCACUGGUAUAGUUAUUCAACGGAUGUCCGAAGCUUCUGUACUAGAUGAUGAAAAUCGUCACGGAAUUUCCAAGUCAAGAGGGAAACGAGUAGAGGUGUCAAGUACAGAAAUAGAGCCAUUCGUCUUAAAGAAAAAGCUGAGUCUGUCUACAAGAUUUGAAGUUACUGACAUAGAUGAGAGUAGACCUGUUGGUUUUGAUAACAUUUGCUACGUUCUAGCAAAAUUUCGCUGUGAUGAAGAGGAAGAAACACCUUUACCGUCAUGGAGUGGAUUUUUUACACAGCUCACAACGCAGGUUCCUGAGAAAAGUCGUAUUGGCUAUCUUCCAAUUAUUGAUGGCAGUCCCACGGAUCUUGGCGUCGUCAACGCUGUCCUCUCCCAAAGCAUAGACAUAGCAGACAAACUGAACCAAAAUUCCAUGGUUGUUGUCAUGGAUGAAGCUGUUUAUGCUAAAGCACAGUGGAUCCGUUGGACCAAAGGCAUGUUUCAGAGUCGAAUAGUACUACGCCUUGGUGAAUUCCAUGUCAUUAUGAGCUUUCUCGGAGUGAUUGGCAAACGAUUUCAAGACGGUGGUUUACGCGAUAUUCUCAUUGAAAGCAAUAUCAUCGCAAAAGGAUCUGUCAACGGUGUAUUGUCAGGAAAACACUACAACCGUAGUAUCAGAUCAAUGAAAAUCAUCUAUGAGGCAAUAUACCGUCUCGUUAUCACUGCCUUUUUAGAUUCCAUGUCCGUUGAUGAGAGAAAUUGUUUGGAACAUGUAGUACACGAUAUGAAGGCAGCUUUUAGUAAUGGAACAUUUACUGAAUUUGUAAAGAGUGAUGAUGUCCAAAAUUUCGUGAGAAAGUUACAUGAAUUUACCAGUGAAAGAGGGGGGUCAAAUCCAACCUUUGGUUAUUGGUUAAGUUUCCUUGAAAUGGUAGAUAUACUACUGGAAUUCGUAAGGGCAACUAGAGUGGGUGAUUGGUCCUUGCAUCUCAGCUCGGUUCGACGCAUGUUACCCUGGAUAUUUGCGUACGACCGCGUUCACUAUUCUCGUUACCUACCAAUAUACUGGUUAGAAAUGCUAAACCUGCCAACCAGUAAUCCAGAUAUUCAUGAGCAAAUGGUUGCUGGAAAUUUUGCAACCCAACGCACGUCUCAGCCAUUCAGUCAGACUCCAAUGGAUCAAACUCUCGAGCAGACACUAAAUAAGAAUUCCAAAACUAAAGGCGGUGUUAUUGGAUUCUCAAUUAACAAAUCUGCUGUCCACCGAUGGAUUAAAAGUUUUUCUGAUAGAGCAGAGAUUCAAUCUGUAUGUGAGAGUAUGGCUGGUCGCGGUAAUUGUACACGUCAGAGAAAGGAAAUGGAUAUCACACGGAGGCUAAAGGAUGAGAAAGCUGUAAAGAGUGUGAUCAAUACCAUAGAAGCAAUGACAAACCCAGUUUCCAUCGAGGAUGACGAGUUGGUCAACAUUGUUUCUGGCGCAAUUGCAUCACCGGAGGUCAAACACGAUAUUGCACGAGCCAAAACUGCUGGAGAGGAACAAUGCGCUGAGUACAUAGAUCUACGUCUGAAGAAAAAGGAGCUGGAUGUUUUUAACACAAUCAAAGCACUCAAACUAAAAACGUUCUCAUUAACGAGUAAGACGGUUAAGGCAAAAUCGGAAAAGGCGGUGUUACAAACCACAGCGAGGGAUCUUGCUCGAGUUCUGAUAGUCGCGAAGUUUAAUAACUUGGACUUCAAGUACGUGCUUUCUUAUCCUUUGUGUCCAGUACCAUUGUCGCUUGCCAACUAUGACGGAACGUUAGCCAAGACUGACAAGUCUGCUAUUGGUCGUCACCUAGAGAGCAAUGUUGAAGACGUAAGCAAUUCGAAUCGUUCUACUGCGUGGAUAAUUGAUGCCAUGGCUCUAAUUCAACGUCUGAAGAACAUUCCCAACACAUUCGAUGCAUUAUCCGCGGAAGUACUGAAGAGUGUGAUAGCUACAGCUACUCGACAUCGUUGCACCAGGGUCGAUUUUGUUACUGACCAAUAUCCAGAUUCAAGUAUUAAGGGUGCUGAGAGAGAGAGGCGAAAGGGAAAGGAUGCUUCUGUUAUCCGUUUAAAUGUUGACCAUGGUUCAAAGAAGACCCCAAAGCAAUUCAAGAAAUUCCUCUCGGUGGGGAAAAACAAGGAAAGCUUAAUCAAUUUUUUUCUUUGA